UCAAUUUGGACGGGUCCGAGUGGAGAAAACGGACGAUCCGAAGCACGCCCCUGCUUUUCUCUCUCUACACGUAUAAAGUAUUUUCUAUCAGCUGAAUCAGUAAAAGCAAUAGAAUAGAAGGCAAAGUUUGGGUUCUAUUGCAAUCUCUUCUGAUUUGCCCUUCUCUUCUCUUCUCUUCUCUUCUCUUCCUUGUUUUUGCUUCGAUUAUCAAUCCAUUCUAUCUCGUCACUGUGCGUCAAUGGACGACAAGAUUUAGACUCAACAUAAGCAGAAAAUUUUCAGGCUGAAGUGAUUUGGGGAGAGAGGGAGAGAGAGAUUGGAUUUUCCUUUAAGAGUGUCGGGGAGGUUCAAUCAUGGCGGUGGUUGAGAAUGCCGGGAUCAACAUUGGGGCAGCAAAUCGGACCGACUCGCAAGCCGAUGUUGAUCAAUCCAAGGCAAACCACGCUAGGGCAAGCGAUCAGAGUUUCCAGACGAUGUCUCACCAGCAACAACAGAAAGUGAGCUCCAAUGGUACUAUGAAUCACAAUCCUCAGAUGACUUUAUCUCCGCACGGAAUAAACGGGAAUGGUGGAGUGCAGAGUCAUCAGGUGGUCCCAAAUGGCGUCGAAUUGCGGAGCAAUGGGGACGAUGGCGGCGAGGGUUUCAAGCAGGAGAUGAGGGAUUUGGAGGAAAUGCUGUCUAAGUUGAACCCUAUGGCUGAAGAAUUCGUGCCUCCAUCUCUUUCAAAUUACAAAAUUGUCCUUCCUUCUGGGCAUCUGAGUUAUACUGAUAAUUUCGGAAUGCAAAUUAACACUGGCAUUGCCAACGGAAACACUGCUAGACGGAAGAAGAAUAGCUAUAAUAAUGGGAAGAGGAGGAUGAAUAGCCGUACCAGUAUGGCACAGCGAGACGAUGUGAUUAGGAGGACUGUCUAUGUGUCUGACAUUGAUCAUCAGGUUACUGAAGAACAACUCGCAGCUCUCUUUAUUAGUUGUGGACAGGUGGUCGAUUGUCGUGUUUGUGGGGACCCAAAUUCUGUCCUUCGUUUCGCCUUUAUCGAGUUUACUGAUGAAGAAGGUGCAAGGAAUGCGUUGAGUCUGGCAGGGACUAUGCUUGGAUUUUAUCCAGUCAGGGUGCUGCCAUCAAAAACUGCAAUUGCUCCUGUGAAUCCAACAUUUUUGCCAAGGUCUGAAGAUGAACGAGAGAUGUGUGCAAGGACUAUUUAUUGUACAAACAUUGAUAAGAAGGUUACUCAAGCAGAUGUCAAGCUCUUUUUUGAAUCCAUUUGUGGAGAGGUUCAACGUUUGAGGUUGCUAGGAGACUAUCGUCAUUCUACCCGGAUUGCUUUUGUUGAGUUUGUAAUGGCCGAGAGUGCAAUUGAUGCUUUGAACUGUAGCGGUGCAGUUUUGGGUUCACUGCCUAUAAGGGUAAGCCCAUCAAAGACGCCAGUUCGGCCCCGGGCUCCUCGUGCGCUGAUGCACUGAGUGCCCUUGUCUCGUUUCUUCUGAACUGAUCUGCUGCCGAUGGAUGUAUCUACAUAUACAUAGAUAUAUAUAGAAACUGAGGGUGCUUGCGAGUCGCGGCACCUUAGAACUAGACUUUGGUCCAUGGUGUGUUUGCCCAAGUAUCUGUCGCCUAUAGAUAGAGUCGAUAUGGCUUGUUCUUUUCGCGUAUAGAGUUUGGUCUUGUUUCUAGGCUCAAGUCAUCUUGAUCUGUGUUGAAUUAGUAUUCCGGGAUUCUGUAGGCUUUUGAUCCCAAGUGACUGAUCUUUUGUCAAUACGCUUCUUCUAACCUAUGAUGAUGACUAUGCGGAUUCUCUUGAAAGACUGAUUUUACUA